AAAUCAUACAGGAACAAUAUCUGCUAACAAAGUAGAUAUGAAAACUGUACCUAAAAUAUCACGUCGUACAGAUCUUAUAGAUAAUUUCAAUAAAUCUGACAUAAGUCCGCUGCAAAUUGAUUAUAAUCCACAGGACUAUGAUCAUCACAUUACUGAAAACAAGAUUGAAUCGACACAUCAAGCUCAAGAUUUGGAACAAUUAACUAAUGGAGAACUUCAUAAAAUAAUUGGUAAUUAUUCACAAAGUACAAAGAACAAGGACUUGUCAAAGCUUGUUGUAGCUGAACUAAAACAAGGCACGGAAGUUAUAGGUGACAAGAAUGUUCCGCCAAUGUCUAACAUUACUUUUACACCAGAAAAUGACACUUUAACUGCAAUGACUUACAUUGCUGGAAAUCUUCUCACUAAAUUAUGGGACAUCGAAAAAGAAUCUUCUGAUGCGUCGAUCGAAGUGGAAUCAAUGAAACACAAUAAAAUUAUCGAUUUACUUGAACUAUUUAAAGAACCACUUAGUAUUCGACAGGAAAAUUUUCUUAAAAAUGCUCUUAUAAAAUUAUCAGAUACCCUUAAUAAAAAUAAAAACGUCAAGAAUGUUUCGCUUUGUGAAACAAUUACAGAAACAGAUAUUUCUGACGAUGAAAAUUCAAAUAAAAAAGGACAAGACAACAUCAAUAUGACAAAUUGCAAGAAAGCAAAAUUUGAAAAAAUGCAAAAAGAUAAAGUUAAACAGAAAGAAACUGCUACCGACGUUAUAUCGAAGUUGAAUAACGUUAUAAGUUUAAUGAAGAAGUUUGAAAAAGUUCAAAAUAGUAUAAAAGAUUUAAAGUAUCAUACCUUAAAUGUACAACCUGGUGAAACAGAUAUAGGGAGUGGUACCGUGGGUAUUGAGAUGAAGAAUGAUGAAAAUUCAUCCCUUAACUUGUUUGGUAAUUUAUUAGAAAAAAUAACAAAGCUCCUCAUUCCCAACAAUGCGAGUAAAAAAGUCACAAGUAAACUCAGAAAUCUUAAUCAGUUUAACAGAAAUGAUCAUGUGAAAAGAGUUGUUGAAGAUAAAUUUAAAAUGGAUUUGAAAAGUACUAAUGUAACUGUCAAAGAUAAAUUAAUUUUCGAUUAUUUAAAUCACAUCAAUAAUAAUCCUAACUGCCUUCUCAGCCAAGUACGUGAAAAAAAGGAUGAAGGGAAUAUUGAAGGAGAUAUUCUGUAUAAUUUAUCAGAUUUCUUUAAAAUAAAAUCUCUUAUUGAUUUAAUUAAAUUAACAAAACCUGAUGCUAAAACCUCCCAGGCCGUAUCCGCCACCGAAACAUAUAAAGAAGCACCCGCAUUGAAAGAUGUUUUGCGAGAUACUCCAAGUAAAGUGACAAGCAACAUUUCUCAAAAAUUAAAUAUUACUAAAGAAAAACUCAAAGGUCACUUAAAAGCAAUUAUUGAUGAUCUCCUUGAAUUGCAAAAUGAAAACGACCCAAAAGCAAAAAGUAAUAUAUAUAUACUAGAUGCGUUACCUUGUAUUUAUAAUAUAUUAAAUUCUGACAAACUAAGUAAUGAUCAAAAAUCAAAGAAACAAUUAGAUCUUGAUCCUUUGAGUAAAAUCAAGAAAUUGAUAGAUUCAUUAAAACUAGAAUUUACAUCGAAUACAUUUACGCGUAGAAAUAACUUAGUUUCUAUUGAAAGACCUCGUUCGGCGAAGGUCUUUGAGAGAAUAUUAAAAAAUGUAAAUAAAAACUUAAAACUAACACGAAGAAGUUUCAGUUACAAGAAACCAAAAACCUAUGAAGAGUUAAAAAAUGUUAUGGAAAAGGUAGAGUUGGGCAGCAACAGUUACAAAAAUUUCGCUUUACUCUCAGUCAUACCGCCUCAAAAACGACUUAUGUUACUAAAGACUUUAGAAGCAGAUACUAAACAAAAUAUACUUGCAUUGAAAAAUAUUCAAGAUUCUUUUGAUACUCUCUAUAAACUACCUGUGGAGAAGCAAAAUGAGUUCCAAGAGUUCAUUGCUAAUGCUGAAAACAAUAUAAAUUUGAGUGUGAAAGUGUUAAAUAAUUUAUUCAAACCAAAACCAACAAAUUCAAAAGAUAUGGUAGAGGUGUUUGCACCUGAUAAAUUUGAAGCUAUUAACAGACAAACAUUUAAUAGGCCUGAAUCAAGCCCCGAACAUGUUUCUAAUUAUAAAAGUGAAGACGUUAAACUGACUAGAGAUCAAAUCAUAAGUCUACUAAUAGAAAAUCGCAUUAAACUUUAUUUAGCAACAAAGGAAGCAACAAAUGCAGAUCUUAGUGAUGAUAUUAAUUAUAAUAUUGGUAAAAGAAUUAUAACUUUAUUAAAACAGGGCAAUGUGAUGGUCGCCAAAGAGCUCUUUAAAGUUUUUAUAGCUAACAAACGUGGAGGAUUCCAGAAGAAUGACGGUCCAGGUGCGACAAUCACAGCGAGUGAUGCGAAAGAAAACGUUCCUCUAUUGCUGGCGCUCAAAGAACCACUCAUAAGAUUUGAUAAUGAUGCCAAGAAAAUGCAAAUGAAAACGCCGGAGCUACUAUUUACACAAUUACUAAAUCUUAAAAAGAUAAAAUAA